AUGUUCGUGGAACUUAACGAGAGGGGUUCGCUUGCCAAUAGAACCGGGGACUCUUUCGCGCCUGGAGCUCGUAGAACGGCCGUCGCGCAGCAGCCCAUCAUCAAGGAGAACAUCGACACCCUCUUUGAGAAGCUGCGAAACGCAUCGCAGGACGAUACGGAAACGGUCAACGUCGAAAAGUGGUUCAAUGUUACCGAGUUUGAUGUCAUUGGCAAUUUGGCUUUUGGGGAACCCUUUGGAUAUCUCGAGGACAGCACGUAUCACCCCUGGGUCCACGUCAUCUUUAAGAGAAUCUAG